AUGGCGACUACCAUCGCGACUGUAUGUUUCCUGUUAACUAUAGGAAUAGCUUUAUCGAAUCCAACUAAACCGGCACAGACAGAUCAAAAGACGGUUCAGAUUCAAGUAAAAGAAGCAACCAAAGACCAUCUCACUAAAGCAGUGCAAAGUCAUAAUAAAGGUGACGGACACAACCACACACAAGAUGAAAUAGCUGAUGAAGGUUGGGAAUAUGAAAAUACAACUAUCGUAGACACUAGAAGAAUCCUAUACAGCAAAAGAGUAGGAGUUGGAAAACGUCCUUACAUGGUAUAUCUUCAAUUAACAAAAGAUUCAGCUAAAGCCCAUAAAUAUCGAGGCUGGCUAUGUGGAGGUGUAAUUGUUCAUCCCCUUUAUGUCCUAACCUCCGCUGCGUGUGUAGAAGAUGCUGAUCAUUUCUACAUUGUAUCUGGAACUACUAAAUUCGUUGAUAGCUUUGAUUACAAGUCAGAUGACUGCGUUUGUAAGCAUAGACGGAAAGUUGUCUGGAAGUGCAUUCCUAAAAAUUACAAGUUCGACUUCCAAGACAGUAUUAAGUGGUCAGCAAAUGAUAUUGCUAUCGUGAAGGUAGACAAGGCGUUCAAAUUAGGCGUGACGGAGUCUGGCUGUGAAUUCGCUACUGACCUAGUCUGUUACAAUAAUGUUAGCAGGGAAUUAGAGAAGGCAGGGUCUAAAGGCUUCAUUGCUGGCUGGGGAAGUGGUAAUCAAUUCAGAGAGGGUGUGUACAGAAGUGAUAGUGUUCAUAUACCAGAGAACUCGAAAUAUUUGCAAGAAGCAAAGGUAUGUGUAAUGGAUAACGAACAGUGUGCCAAGAAAUGGGCGCAACGAUUCCGAAGCAUAAUAACACAAUACAUGGUCUGCACGAAGGAUGUCAUGAAGCGGCUUAGCGAAAUCUGUGAUAAAAAAUACGCAAACUGCACAGACGUGGAAUCGAGACGACACCAGGAAGAUACAGACGACCAACAAUUAGUACCCAUAGAUAUAGGUAGACAUCUCAGAGACCCUGACGGUUAUACAGCCAGGCGAUCUUACAAACAAGGAGGAUUUUGUGAGAAUGACCACGGCGGACCCCUAAUAGUAAAAUACCAAGGCAAGGAACGUGUUGUAGGCGUGAUAUCAGCUUGUAAGAUCGACCCUAAGACUCACAGCUGCCAUGGACCAUUCUUAUACACUAGUGUCUAUAAAAACCGUCAGUUCAUCUCGUGUUCUAUAACCAAGGAAGUGGAAGAAAAUUGUAGGCGAGUCUUCCGUACUGGUAUCACACACGAGGAAAUAUCAGUUGACUGGAGUAACGUUGAUGAGGACAAUGACAAGACCGAAAGUCUCGCAAAUAACGACAGAGACGACGAGGACGAUAGUGACGAUGAAAAGGACACUUUAAGAGAAGAAAGUGCGUCAAAAAAAGCGGAAAAAAUAAAAGCCGACUCAGAUGACUCUAGUGAAUCGGAGGAACGAAAACCUAAGUCGAAGCACGUUAAAGAGGAGGUAAAGGAAAAAACAAAAGCCAAAGGCAGAUCUAAAGGAAAGAAGGGUAAAAAGCGUUCAGCAAAGGGAAAAAGACACCACGAUGAGAAGACACUUCGCGGUGCAUCCUAUGAGUCCAGUAGGGACGAAAAUGUAAAUGAACCAGAAGAAUAA